UACAGGAUUUUCAACAAAGUCAGUGACAGUGAAAUAAGUGGCAGACAGCACAACGAUGGAACACAAAAUUCUAUUUCGUUUCACAUGUAAAUGGGCCUAAAAACAAACAAAACUUCUAACAAAAAGAAAUAAUUCAUUCGUUACGAAAUAAGAGAAUUAAAAAAAAUUAAUACGUUAAUAGAAAUAUUACUUCUCUCCUAGAACAUAUUUAAAUAUGAAAUUAUUUAAGAAUAAAAUGUUAUGAAAUUAUAAUUUAAAAGAAAAUGCAUUCUUUGAUAUGCAGGCGAAUUAGAUGAAGGGGGCUUUCCCUGAAGCGUGUAACAGAACCAGUCUCAGGCUGAAAAGUGACAAGAAAUAAUACACAGUGCUGUGAUAUGUACUACAAUUUCUAGAACAUUCCAGUUGAUUACACAAGAUUCGCAUUCUGAUUACAUACUUCACUUUUAUUUUUGUAUUGUUUCCAACAACCACUGAUGGAAAAAAGUUUUGGACGUUACAUAUUUACUACUACCGCCACCAAAGUCAGCAAAGGAAGGUUUACUUAAAAAAUUCUGGUUGGGAAAAUCUAACACAUCUACAUGUUAUUGUCGUAAACUAAGAUUGUGUCUGGGAGCACCGGAAAUGAAUUCGAGAUCACUAAAAUAUUUUAUACCGUCCGUCUAUAAAGUAUUAUAAAACAGCACUGAAUUAAACAUUUUACUUUCUUGUGUGUCAUUUUUAUCCUACAAUGCAACAUUCAUAAUUGCCAUACGAAGUUUCCGCCGCCCUCAUAAAAUCGUGAUGCCAGAACUGAAUGAGUGACCUCCUCCCACUAACUCAGCGUACCGUGACUUUCGCCGUACCAACACAUCCACUCGUCAACUCGCUACAGUGAGUCGUGCACCAACAGGGUACAUGCAACCGCACGAUAAGUCUGUGUAAGGACUAAAUUAAAAUGUACUCCCUUCAGGACUAAAUUAAGUCUUUGAGUGAAUUUCAAGAGUAAGAAGUUGAAGAAAUAUAUACACCAACUGUUUUAGCGUUUCAGUUUUACUGAGUAAACCAUUCAGAACUGAACAGGAAACAACAAUUGAGCGAUUCCUUACACAACAAAUCAAUAAAUUCCAUUCAAUCAGAUUCUUAUCAGAGGCUGAAGACAAAAACAACCUGCAUAUCAACGUGUAAGAAAGAAGUGUGUGCUUAUUACACCUGUAGAUCGUCAAUGUUGCCAACGUCGACAUAACAAAGUUACAGCUAUGAAGGCUUUCCACAAGAUUGUUGAAGAUGAAGAUGAGGAUAUACACGGAGCAUCCCGAGCUCCAACGGCAGUUCCCGAAGAUGAUGAAGUGGAUGAUGAAGUUUCGUCUUACAGCUGUGACAAUCUGAGUAAAGGUGUGCCCCAAUCUUCGGGUGUCAUGGUAGCUGGUGCUGAGGCUACUGGACCUUUGCUGGGGGUUGUAGGUGCUGGUGGAGGAAGGGAUGGUACCAAGCCGACUUGCACUCUCGUCCGAGUGUCCACAUAUGCAAGCUCUCUCAACCAACCGAUGUACAGGAGCAGGUAUCGAAAUGGCGGUGCAGGGCGAUCCAAGGUGCGGCGUCGUGUGGUGCUGAAGUCAGGUGAAUGCAACGUGUUACAGAGUCGUGUGGCACAGCGCAGACUGCGCUACCUGCAAGAUAUAUUUACAACACUAGUUGAUGUAAAAUGGCGAUGGACCCUUCUUGUGUUCGCCCUUAGUUUCAUCCUGAGCUGGCUUGGAUUUGCUCUCCUCUGGUGGCUCAUUGCUGUUACACAUGGCGAUUUUGAGCCAGAACAUUUACCAGAUCAACAAGAGAAUUCAGGAUGGAAACCAUGUAUAAAUGAAAUCUACAGUUUUGCAUCAUGUUUUCUGUUCAGUAUUGAGACUCAGCACACAAUUGGGUAUGGUUCACGAUCGACUACUGAGGAGUGUCCUGAAGCCAUUUUUGUCAUGUGUCUACAAAGUAUUACGGGUGUUAUGAUUCAGGCCUUCAUGGUGGGCAUUGUGUUUGCUAAACUGGCACGUCCAAAGCAGCGGGCUCAGACACUUCUGUUCAGCCGCAAUGCCGUCGUGUGUUUAAGAGAUGGAGAACUCAGUCUCAUGUUCCGGGUUGGAGACAUGCGCAAGUCUCACAUCAUUGGAGCAACAGUGAGGGCACAGCUGAUCCGUACCCGCACAACCAAAGAAGGGGAGGUUCUUCAUCAGCACCAGGCAGAACUCAAUAUAGGCACUGAUGGUGGUGACCAAAACCUGUUCUUCAUUUGGCCAAUGACUGUUGUUCACAGAAUUGACAGUGAAAGUCCACUCUAUAACAUCUCAGCUAGUGAUAUAAUUGACCGCGAAUCUCGUUUUGAAAUCGUCGUUAUUCUGGAAGGAACUAUAGAGUCAACUGGUCAGACCACACAAGCAAGAUCAUCUUAUCUUCCAAAUGAAGUGCUCUGGGGGCAUCGAUUUCAGCCUAUGGUCAUGUACAACAAGGAACGACAGGGGUAUGAAGUUGAUUAUAGUCUCUUCAACAACACAGUCCUUGUGGAUACACCACUGUGCAGUGCAAGGGAUCUGGAACGCUUCUAUCAAUUGCAGCAGGACCUGGGACAAUCAUCUCCACCUGAACCAGUUCAAUGGCAGCUGAGUGAUACAGCAAGCAGUUUAUAUUCUGCUCCUGCCAGUCUUAUCCAAAACCCAACAGCAGAAAUCUCAUUUGAGCGAAGUCCUCAAAGCAACACGCAACUAAAUGCGCGUUCACUGGACAUUCCCAUGGAGCAGUACCAUCAGGAUCAUCAGGACGACAUGGCAUCAUCACAGUGAUAAUUGUCAACACACAUGAAUAAUGCCUUAUCUGUGCAUCUCACAGGCAUUUGUUACUCAGAUGGUCUGAAAUCUGCUUUUCAGAAGUAAUUAUACUUUCUGAUUCUUGAAAUCUACAUUGCAUUCAUGCUGAGUGACCACAGUUCAGCAUCAUCUCAUCUUUUUGAUUGAAGCCCAGAGCAGCACAUCCUGUGAUCUGUUAUCAUGAGAUAUUUCCCUGAAGAUGGAGUCUCAUCUACAUCAUAGUGAUGUCCAUAGCUCUGUUUACAUGCAUGGCUUAUUCAAUACUGUUAAUAUGAUAGCUCCUUUAUACCACAAUGGAGACCAUAAUCUUCAGAACACACUCUUAAUUUUGUCUGUAUAUUUUUGGCGGGUGUGACGGACCAAUAAUGCUGAUAUGAUGUGUGAUAUGUGUUGCAAUUAUGGAUACAUUAUCUCCUGAAUACACACUUUCAGAAAUAUUGUAAAGCUCAUUCUCUGAGGUAAAAUGUUCAGUCACAUGAUGGUGGACAUCUCACCUCCAGAAUACAACAACUCACUGAUUAGUUUGCAGCUCAGUGGAGUAGCAAAUGCGACGUAGUUAGUUAGUUAUUUAGAGAGGGUGGGUUUCCCCAUGCACCACGACCAGUUUGAUCUAUUGUGCUUCCCUCUA